AUGGUCAACGUGUUGAUCAAAAUCGUUCUCAGUAACUUUUGGAGAUAUUGUGCGUCUUCACUUCUUUUUAAUUUUGGUGCUUUUUUAUUUUGGAUUGUAGUGCCUCUUAUAGCGACUCGGCAAGGUGCUUCCAACUUAGAUUUAGCAAUAAUUAAUGCCAUCGAUUAUGGUGCAAUGUUUUUACUGUCUUGGGUGUGUGGGUUUAUAAAUAACUAUUUACCUGGAUGGCUACUGGCAAGAGCUGGUGUUCUUAUAUACAUAUUUGCUUGUCUAUUGCUGAUGUUUAUAAACGAUAACAUGUGGAUUUUGUGGAUUAUGUCUUUCAUGUAUUCUUUUUCUUACGUCCUUUUCUGGAUUCCAAUUCAAACUUCCAUAUCAAGAGAAAGUUCCGCAUCAGACGCCGAUUUUUGGUUGGGUAUAUUUUCAGGUACUUGGACCUUUGGUCAAUCGGUUGGGUAUUUAUGUGGGGCUUUUCUUUUUACAAAAUUGGGGAUCACUCAGUCUCUUAGUAUUUCAAUAGCAUCCCUUGUAAUAAUCUUAUUCAUAUAUCCUUGUUGGGAAGGGUCAACAGUAUUUGGCAUUGAUUUAACACUUGAAAAAACAAAUCACAAAUCUGAAGAUAAAAAAGAAGUGUUAAACAAAGAAAUUGAAUUAGCUGAGAGCCACGAUGAAAAUAAAGUCAUCGAAGAGACUUUAAAAGAAAAGAAAGAAAUGCAACAAUCACCCAACAAUUCCGAAAAUGCUUCAAACGUAAUAGAAACAGAAGAUGUGAAAAACAAACCUUUAAAACUAAUUGUAAUGGGAAAAAAAGAAAGAAGAAGGUUAAAAAAGCGAAUGAUGCAGUAUCUGAUUCCAACUUUCUUUUGCUCAAUUGGGUGUUAUGGGACUUUACUGAGUUAUGGAUCACAGUAUUUUAAUAGGAUCUAUGGCACCAAAGACUCAUUCUUUCCUUCGAUGAAAGAUGAUCCAGGGAGGUAUGACAUGUUUAUUGGCGUGUUCUUCUGUGUAGUGUACAUUGCAUUUACAAUUGGAUUCAUCAACUUUGCACGUAUGAAAUAUUUGUUUUUCAACCGGUGGAGUAUGUUAAUAGCACUGUUGAUAUGUUGUGUGAAUCAUUUUAUUUGUGGAUCUAUUUCCAAUUGGAUUGUGCAAUUAAUAUGCGCUAUUAUGUUCGGACUUUGUGGCGCUUUUGCGUCUCAAAAUAUAUUAAAUACAACAUCUAAAUUGUCGUUGUUAACAUCACAAAUAUCAAGUUUAUAUGUCGGAUUACAAGAAUCUUUAACAUUCAAUUUAGUGGCGUUCUUAUUGCCACUUAUUGUCGGUCCUAUUUCCGAUAAACUCAAUGAUUAUAGAAUACCUAUGUUUGGGUGCUCAUUCCUUGGCGCUAUUAGUGUAGUCAUGUGCGAAUUAACUUGGCAAAUCUAUGACUUUGUGAUUAUACAAAAAAUGGAUAAAGAAGACGUUUCAAAGAUCAACAAACUAUUUGAAAAUAUUAUUAAUACUGAUAAUGUAAAAAUACUUAUCGACGAUAAAAACAAGUAUAAUAAAUAUUGUCGAACACAUUGGCUAACGUGGAAACAAAUCAAGGUUUUAAAAAGUAAAUUAGAAAAGGAAAAAACUAUUUCAAUGCAAAAAUGA